GAGCAAGAUCGAUACGUCUUCAACAGAACCUACAGGUUUAUCCUCAAAAAGCACUCCCUUGUUAUCAACCCUAGCAGAGGCAAAUACACAUGCUCUGGUUUCAACUUCUGCACGAGAAAAAACGCUAGCAUCGCAAUAUCCUCCCACCAAUCGGAUAACAAGAAUGGAUUCCACCAUCGUGAAGUCUACGAAAGAAGCUACAGUGAAGCCAUCCUCUGACAAACCUACAUCCGAUGUGACACCGACCUCCCCGGAAGCUACGCGGGAGCAUCAGCAUCCAAAAGUUUCAGAGACAGAACCGGUUUGGGAGGACACUACAAGUUCAAAGAUGUCUACUAGUCUCAGUGAAAUAAACACUCUGUUCGGAUCAGAAGAACAUACACUUUCAUUCACAGAUAUCAUGGAUAUGGCGACUUUGUUAUCAACAGCAACUGAAGGAAACACCGCAACUUUGUUUUCUGCGUUAGCAAAACAAACCACGCUUCCAAACGAUCGUGAUACAACCGUGAAUCGUGUCACACAGUUUACUGAUAAUACUGUUACAAGAACUAUGUUAUCACAUAUAACACCAGACGGGCUAUCUACAACAGCUGAACUUUUAGAAGAACCUCCUGGAAUAUCGAUAUCUUCUGAUCUCACCAGCCCCGAAACUUUGACGGGAAGUGAUAAAUCAGAGAUAUAUUCCACUUCCUUGACGGAGCGGAUGGCAUCCGCAAUGGAAACAACGUCGGAAGAUAUCCAUUCGCCUACAACCCGAUUUGAUCUCUUGACAUCAGCAAAGACAACGUUGGCAGAGACGUCCAGCGCUUUGGCAUUUACAUCCUCGAUAUCUAAAAGUACGUUCACAUCUAAAUCUAAAGAGGAUAUUACUCUAAUAGAAACGGGACAAACUGCUUUAGUUGGUGAUCGAAGCACGAACUCUUCUAAUCUUGUAUCCUCUACGUCGAUUAUCAAAACAACUGCUGAACCAACGGAGGCGACGACCGUUGAGACAGUGAUGACAUUGGCAUAUGAAACAGAAACACAAACGAUACGAGAUGACAUUUCACCCGAUGCCACUAGCAGUGAGAGUUUUACCCACCACUCCAUCCCUACUUUCCAGUACAAUAGAGGAGCUGACAAUGCCUUACCAUGGUGGAUGCAUCUCAUUAUCGUAUGUGUCGAAACAACUCUUGUUCUAGCUUGCGUUGCUUUUAUAUGGUACAGGAAGAGGAAGGCUACCAAUAAGAUCCAGCGCUCCCUUGAUACCGAAAGUGGCACCAUGUCUUCAGCAAAUUCAGGUUCGGAAAAGGGAAACGACGCGUCUGUGACAAUUGGCGAUGAUUGAACCGGAACUUUUUGACAGAUUACUAAGGAAUCACAUUCUUUUUGUAUAAUUUGUACUAAAGUAAAGAUAACUAUAAAAAAAUAGUCAAUAUGCUUCAAUUGGACGUACAUUCAAGGUUAUCUUUUGAAAUAAACUCUUAGAUAUUCGGAAGCCAUGGAACUUUGAGCUUAACACUCUUCAUUAACAUUAGAACUACAUGUAGACAGGCAACGUUCAACACAGUUAAGGUUUGCCAUUUAUCAAAAGGGCAGUAUUAACAACGAUAAAUCCCAGAGUGUGUUUCACAAAUAUUUUCGUAUGGCUUACAGUCGUACUUAAAUGCCGACGUGUUGAUCAAGAAGCAGUAGUGCGCGUUCUCUUGACCUGACCAAUGUGUUGUAACAACUUCAAAGAAAGUUUAGAACAGAAUCAAAUGAAGUGCCAACCAAAGUGUCUGUAUGUACGAAUAAAAAUAUUUGCCGAAUGAUUCUGAACGAAAUUGUGUAAUUGCAGAUGAACCAACGUGAUAAGCAUGCAUGGUAUUUCAUCAGAAUUUGUUAAAUGAAAAUCCCCCGAAUGAUCGCGUAUUUUUGUGUGUGUAUGUAACUGUACCAGAUUUGGAGCUAAGAUGAUGACGAUUAAGCUUGCUUUUAUAGACUUUCUAAUGAAAUCACUUUUGAUAAUACUUGCUUUUGUAUUUGAUAUUUUAAUGGCUGUUUUUCAUUGAAACACGUCGAAAGGUCUAACAUUUCUGUCAAUCUUUGGUCUGUUUUAUUUCCUUUUCACCAGUAUAAUUUGAUUUUAAAAAUGACCUAACAUAAAUCUAAAGUGAACGGUAACUAAUUCAGCAAGUUGGCGCCAGAAUGAAGUAAAAACCAGAAAAGUUAAUGUGCUAAAAACCUUUCAUAGUCACUUG